AUGACUUCUAACACAUGUAUCGUACAUUCUCAUAAGAAUGUAUCUAAAUUUCAUACUGCCACUAAACAACUUCGUCUUGAAAGCUGGUUUCCUGCUGAUGUUUAUCAACAAUUACUCACAAAAUGUUGUUCAUGUAAUGGAAAGAGAGGUUUGAAGACAAUCGAUCUCGAAGUACUACGUAAAAUAUGUGACGACAUAAUGUUGUCAGCGGCUUCUACGCUCAAAUUUCGAUUUUCAUCAAAUAUGAGCGAAUUAGUGUCAAUGGAAACACCGGAAGACAAUUCUGACGAAGAAGUGACCCAUAAUGAAGAUAGAACUGAUGAGUUAGACGAAAAAAUAUCACAAAAAUCGAAUUCGACAAUUAAUGCUGAACAUACCCGGUCGCCAGUUCCGAGGCUCGGCUCCGUAUAUUUCCGACCCAUAUUCGUCGGAACAUACCCGAGACCUCCGAUGUAUUGCGGCCAACAGAAUCCUGCCUCUAUGAUCCGGUGA